AGUCGAAGGUCUUGGCGGGGAUUUAUAGGAUAAGAAACUGGCUAUCAUCGUUUGUUUCCAUUACGAAAUAUUUAUUCACAUACGCUCCCCCAUAUAUAUACACAUAAACCAUACUUUCUGGCUAGACUCUAGUCGCUACAUACAUAUAUAAUAAGCUCUUGAAUUCGUGAUUGUACACCACUUGUUGAUUGCUUCCUGCGUUAAAUGUGUAAAAGGGAUGGAUGACUCUCAACGUUUAUCGUCAUCUAAAUAUAUAGUAGCGGAAAAGUGGAGACUUGUACGGAAAAUCGGAAGUGGAUCAUUUGGUUCCAUAUUUUUGGGGGUUAACAUCGUUACGGGAGAGGAAGUAGCAAUAAAAAUGGAGCGUGUCCGCACACGACAUUGUCAACUGUAUUUUGAAAGUAAAGUGUAUCGAGUACUGCGAGAAACUCCAGGAAUACCUCGUAUUCAGUUUUAUGGACUUGACGGCGUUAGAAAUCUAUAUCAUGCUAUGGUAAUAGAACUUUUAGGACCUAGUUUGGAGGAUCUUUUUACGUUUUGUGGGCGCAGAUUCACAAUGAAAACUGUUUUGAUGUUAGCUGAUCAAAUGUUAUGGAGACUUGAUUUUAUACAUGCAAAGGGCUUCAUCCAUCGAGAUAUAAAGCCAGAUAAUUUUUUAAUGGGUAUUGGUCGUCAGUGCAACAGAGUUUUUAUAAUUGAUUUUGGUCUGGCCAAAAAGUUUCGAGAUCAUAGAACACGUCGUCAUAUCUCAUAUAGAGACGAUAAAUCUCUUAUCGGUACAGCGCGGUAUGCUAGUCUUAAUUCCCACGCUGGUAUUGAACAAUCUCGAAGAGAUGAUAUGGAAUCUCUUGGUUACGUUUUAAUGUAUUUCCUCCGUGGUAGUCUACCAUGGCAAGGACUACAAGCUGGCAACAAACCACAGAAAUAUGAACGAAUUCAUGAAAAGAAAGCUAGCACACCAAUUGAUGUUCUGUGCCGUGGUUAUCCUUCAGAGUUUCUUGUUUAUCUGAGUCAUUGUCGUGCUUUGCAGUUCGAAGAAACACCGAAUUAUGGUUUCCUGCGGAAUAAUUUUCGUAAUCUCUUCCGAUCUUUAUCAUUUGUCUGGGAUUAUGUGUUUGAUUGGACAUUGUUACGUCAAAAAGCGUCUGCAAUUGAACACCACCAACAACAUCAACAGCAACAACAAUCAUAUCCGCUUUCACAGUUUACUUCUGGUAAUGAAGGUUGCGAUCAUCGUGCUCCUACUACAGAAGCACUCGGCACAAGAGGAACUGGGACAUCCGGUGGAAUUAUUCCCCCUGGUCAGACAACCAGCACAAAUGCUGCUGCUGCUACAUCGGUAAAGGAGUAGUAUAUACAUACAUAUAUACAUAUGUAUAUAAGAUCUCGUUACAUACAUAAUAUUUCACGUUUGAGUUCACCAGAGUUGACAGUGCUUACAAUUUUGUUUUAUCUUUUUAUUUUCAAAAGAUGAGGAAGAAGAGUUAUGCCUUCCGUUUCAUUUACUUUCAUUCUAUAAACUAAUAUUAUUAUCUGUUUGUUAUUUAUGUACGUUUUUGGUGGGAUCUCGUUUAUAGUAUUCCUAAUACAGCAGCAGCUUCAUCAUUAUUAUCAAUUUCUAUUUUAUUCACUUAUGUGUUUUGCGUACACAUUGAUUAACAAUCAAUCGACUGUCAUUUUUGUAUACUUUAAAAAUUAUAAUCCCUAAAUAUUAUCUUCAAAUUGAUAAUAAUAAUAAUUAUAAAUGUAAUAGUUGUCAAUUCUAGAAGGAUUUAUCACUUUUUCCAUCAACUACAUAAAUGUUGGAUCUAAUUGUUUCCUUUUAAAUGGCUAACAUUCCAUAUCUUUUCUCUGCAUGUUAUAAUUAAAUAGGAUACCGACCCUAAGUAUACACGUAUGCAUGUCUGUAUUUGCCUGUUUGUAGGUUUUAGGUAUGCGCUUACUAGAUUAUUCACGGCCAUGCGUAUACCAUAUUAACUGCUAUCAGGAGUUAAUUUGUAUUCACUGAUUUUGCUGUAUUAUUUCCUAAUAAAAACUGUUAUACUGUGACGUGUUGUAUUUUGUGCCUGAUCUAACAAGUCCUCUUUGGUUUGAUUUUUAAUCCUUUCUAAGUGACGUAUUCAAGUGUUACCUUAAUUUUAAAAUUCUUGAUAUGCUAUAUUUUCUUAAUGUGAUCACACUAGUAAUCUGUUUUUAUUCUUCCCUUUUUGUAUAGUUUGUUGUUGUUCUUAUUGUUGUCCAUCGACUUUUUGAUUGUUUUCUAUUAGUUUUCUUGGUUUUGAAUAAAUUGGUAGUUUUUUUUAAUAAGUAUUAUCAUUUCUCACUUUGUAUCAACUAUUUGAAUAAGAGGAAAUCCCUGAUACUGAUGUGCUUCAUUUAUCCUCUCCACACUUAUUGUUUCGCUACGGUGUUGUGCAUACAUACUGUCAUAGUGUCUUUGUACAAAAUGACUCAGUAUUUAUUUUUAUUGUAGGCAGAAUUUUUAACCUCUAUUUCAAACAGCUUUUACGUAGAUAAGUUUUGUUUUGUUCAGCGAUGCUGAAGUAUGAUUGAAUGUCUUUGUAUAUCAGUCGGUGUAUAACGUAUAUGUUUAUUACUUGUUCGUUUUCUUCUUACAAAGGCAUUUGUAUUUUCACAUCGAAAAGAAUAUAACUAACUAACAAUGUAUUUAUGUUUAAUUUUUUUCCUAUAUUUGUUUGAUUAUCAUCAGUCACAUACAGUGGUAUAGUCCCUAUUAUUAUUAUUAUUAUUAUUAUUAUUGUUAUUAUUAUUAUUAUUAUUAUUAUUAUUAUUAUUAUCUUAUU